UAUUGUACUAUUGAGAUAAUGUCAACAAUUGUCAUAUUAUAUCUAUGCUACUGUGCGUACUCGACAGUAUUGAAAAUACGUGUUUUAAAUUUGUACUAUCUCGCACCUCAUCACCAGACUAACGAAUAUAGCUUGAUCUUUUCUGGGAUGAUGCUAAGUAGAUUAACACCGCCGCUGUGUCUAAAUUUCUUGGGUUUAAUUCACAUGGACAGCCAUAUUAUAAAAAAGCAGAUGUCCGAAACCUACUACACACAGAUAAUGGGACACAUGGACGUCAUAGCAAUAAUAUCCGACGGGUUUAACGUCUACUUUCCCAUAGCAAUUCUGUUGUUUUGUCUGGCAACUUAUUUCAGUUUAGGCGCGCGACUUCUCUCGGUGAUCGGCUUCCAUCAGUUUGUCGGCGAUGACGAAAUUACAACGGAUUUGGUCGACGACGGCAGAGAGCUUAUUAAAAGAGAAAAACGCAAGCGUGAGCGUGCGGAGGAGUCGUCGAAUCGAAAGCACGAGUUUAAUCAGCGGUAUCCCGUCACCAGUCGGUAUCGAAUUCGAAAUAGUACUGAUACAGUUCGGCCUGUAACUCGAGAACUUGUAGAAUCGACUCGGUCGAACCUUCUCAAGGAGGGCGGUAAUGUGGAGUCGUACGAGGGUACACGAUUUAAUUCAAGCGAUGUGGAUACCAGUUUUCCACCAGAUAGUAACGAAGAUAUUGGUGCUCGAUUUGGAGUUAGCACUCAUAAGAUUAUUAAUGAACGUUUUGAUAGUAGUGAAGAUUUAGAUCCUAGAUUUUCGGAUGGAUAUCAAAGUCAUAAUUAUAAAAGAGUCGGUCCACCUCCGCGGGGUAUAUUUGAUGAUGUGUAGUUUAGCGCAAUUGUUUUAGAUACAGGAAUCAAUAUUUCAUAUUAAGUUAUAUUAAGUUCUAAUGUGAUAUUUUUCGUACCUGCUUUAGAUGAAAAAUUAUAUUAAGGUAUGGACGAAGUUGUGUAGCCAAGCAGCAAAUUCAUUAUAAUAUACGUUUAACGUUUGCACAUUAAUUCAAAUAUUUGCUAUAUAUUUUAUUACUAGGUACUCUGUAAGUGCUUCAAUUUUAGACAUUUUGGACAACAAUUACCUACACAUUCCACAACUUAUGAUAAUGUAUUUGAAAGAUUUUGAAUAUGAUAAUAGUUGGGCGCAAAAUUAACCUUCAAGUAACACAAUAAAUAAAGUAAAUACACAAAACUCUA